CCUGAAACCAAAAUAAAUCUUGAUAACGAGGAUGACAAUCAAGAGAUAGGACAACAAAAACGAACAUGUGAAGAGCCUUUCAUUUUUUUGGAACGGGAUGAUGCCGAUAUCUCCCUGAUCAGGGAAUAUUAUGGAUUAUCACAUGAAUUUCCAACAGAACAAUUGCUUGUUCGAUCAGUAAACGAGAAAAACAAGAUGUUGUAUUUUGUGUCCGAAUCUGUUAAACGAGUGUUGCAAGCACCCGAUUGUCAUCGAUUGAAGGUGGUAAACUCGGGAGUAAGAACAUUUACUCGGCAAGAAACAAAUGAACCGAUAAAAUGUAGACUCCGGUUUAACGCAGAGGGUAUAAUAAUGAUGUAUCCUUACAUAUCUAAGAAAAGGGUGGUAAAUUUUAGAUUAGAAGAUCUUAAAGUGUUAUUGUCAGAACCUAUGCCACUUAUAGAUCGGUUUUAUGAGAAACUUCAGGAGAGAUUGAAGGAACUAGAUAUGGGAUGUAUAGUUGUUUAUGUUGAACCAUGUAAAGAACAUGAUGCAAUUAUAUUACCUGUUUGGCGAGCUGCAGUGUCUUUAAAUCUAUUAUGUCGAAAGGAAGAACGAAGGGCAUUGGAAUUAAGAGUUUCGAAUUUAAUCAAUUAUUAG